AUGGCAAAGGAAACGUCGAUAACUACAGGCCUAGCAAGCAAGUCGGAAACAUUCGCUCUUCGGGUCCUGGGGAAUGCAAUGUGGCACAACGUGAUGGAGUAUUUUCUGAUCUCCAGGACCGGACCCUACUGGAACGGCUCCACGCCAUUUUAUUGCGACAGCAAGCCCCAGCUUGAUAGCACGCUAUGUUUCCGCGUUGGGCCAGGUGCCAAAGUCCAGGGCCUGCACAAGGAUGACAUGAGCCAUCAUAAUUGGCAGAAACAAGCUCAAGAGUAUGAACAAGGGCGAGAUGCAUCGUGUGUUUUCUUUGUCGCACUGACCAAGACCACGCAUGCGAACGGCGCGACUCGCGUUAUCCCGGGCAGCCAUCUGUGGGAUCAUAGUGUUCCACCCCCUGAGGAGAGCAGAGUCCCUCCAGCUCCUCAGUUGGAGCCCGGUGAUUGUCUUCUCACCCUGGGAACCACUUACCAUGGUGCUGGUGGCAACACGACGGCUGAUGAGUACCGACUGGUUGCCUGCGCGUCAGCAACACGGUCCUGGCUCCGUCAAGAGGAGAACCAAUAUCUCUCGCACGAUCCGAAGAAGAUCAAGAAUCUUCCUGUCUGGAUUCAAAGAUUCAUCGGAUUUACUUGUGGGGAGCCUUAUAUGGGCUGGGUGGACUUGGCUGAUCCUCUUCAUGCGUUCAUUCCUGAAGCGGAAGAGUUCCAUGAUAUCAAUCGUUGA